CGGAGCAGAGUAGCAGUAGCUGCAGUGGGUUCCUGGAAGUUAAAGACGAGCAUAGUGGUAGCAAGGAUAAUCUGGAUGAUGGUAUGGCUGAAGCAACGGCAACCGCGAAAACACUUGCUGAUAUUUCAAGUAUGCUUGUGCAGCACGACUCGAACGGCCUUUUUUCUAGUGAUACUUCUGAAAACAGGCCAAGACGUGGUCGUAUUGCGGAGCAUCCGUGCUGGGAUUUGGUGCAGCGAAUCUAUGAGCAUAAUUGUAUGAUAUGCCGGAUAUGCUCACGAGUGAUUAAAUGCAUUAAUACGCGUAAUGCAAUGCAACAUUUUCGCAGUUGUCAUUACCAGGUCGCUGUGGAAUUGGACCAAUCUUGGCAAGUGAAAUUACAGCUUAAAGCGAAUUUCAAUCGUAUUUCCAGCAAACCAUCAUCGUCAUCACCAUCAUUAAUUCAUUUUAAUAUGUGGAAAAAACGUGGUCGUGCAGCGGAACAUCCCAGUUGGCGAUAUUUUUGUCGAAUCAAUCGUCGAAGUUCGAACUGUCGGUUGUGUGGUGCACAUGUGGCUUACGCCUGUUCCGGUAAUCUGAUGAAACAUCUCAAAUCCAGACAUAUCGCCGAAUUUACCAUCACAGAAAGAGAGUGGCGAGAAAUCCUCAAGGUUAGUUCUUGGCAACUUUUUUGUACUAACAUAUGCUGGUCCGGAAUGGCCUCCUGGGGGAGAGCAAGGGGCGUGGGGGGAGGGUUUUUUCUUCUUUUUUUGAUUUUUGUGGAGCUUACCACUUCCCAGCUAAUUUUAAAGUCUUUUGGAGUAGUGUUUGAUGAGUUAACACAAUUGCAGAGAAAGAAAGAGCUCUGUGAAUUGAGACUGAAAGCAAAUGCGAGUGCAUCGGGAUCCGAGGAACAGUCACCGUCCAAUUUCAUGGCAUACGACUGCGCAAUCGACGAAACCGACGAGGGCUUAAUUGGAGCCGAUGGAUUUGAGGAAGAAGAAGAGGAGGACGAAGAUGAUGUUGGUGAGUUCUUGUGUUUUUUUCUAAUGCUAAUAGCAAGGUAUAUGAACAACAGUUGA